AGCGAAGUGCCGGCUCCAGCGACCGGCAAACAACGCCCCUGGCACUCGCGUGGCAUCAGGCCGAUGGCCGAAGCUGAUGUCACCGCCGUGUCCGGCCUCUGCGUAGAUGAAAAGGGGAAGAUGACCAUCACCGCAGCGGAGCCGAACUAUUCCGACAUGUUCUAUGGGACCACGAACGGGCAGUACUCCGGGAAUUGGCACAACGGCCUUCCCGGUCAUCAGUUGGGGGAUGUGCCGUGCAUCAGCGAGAUCCUGGCAGCGCGGCCAACCAUCAAGAAGCCAGUGCGACCCAUUCAGACCACUGCCAAGUGCGUCUUGGCGAACCAGAUCGCAGAGGAACGAAGAGUCAUGCAAGCUGACAAGGUGCUGUCCGCGGAUGUGGUGCCCAAAAAGUUCCCGGUGCAGGCGCAGAACUACUGCUAUCCUCCCAGCGGGAAACAAGGAGCGAACAACCCGCUCUAUGCUACCAGCUCACAGGCAUACGGCAGCGAAAUGCCUCUAGAUCAUCAGGUGCCUGACCGCUACUUCCCCAGCACCAACCUCUUCACCAAGGCCUUCGUGGACACGAAGCCCAGAUUCACGGGGCUCAGCACCGCGGCGACGCCCUCCAAGGAGCUGGACAUGUUCUACUGACAUCGCUCAGCUUCUGUUGAAAGCGGAAGGCACUGGAUCUCUCUGGCAGGGCAAUCAAC